CUGCAGGUAGACUAGGAGAGCUGAGGAACUCGUGGCUCAUGGUUCUGGCUGUCAGCAACUCAUUGUGGCUCAUUCUCAUCAUCACUUUGGCAGCUAAAACCCAGUUCAAAAUCUUUGGUGCGAACUCAUUAGGUCUGAGCUUCCUGCUGAUAUUCGGCACCCUGCUGGUGAUACAGUUCCUGGCCAUGAUCAUCCACCGCAUCUCAACUCUCGUCCAUUUCGUGGCCAGGGCACCGUUCAAAUAUGGCGAACCGAUGGCGACCUCCUGGUCCUUCGAAAACCAGCUCGUGCCUAAUGAUUCCGAGUUGCAAGACGACGUGGAGACCAUGCGAGCAGUAACGGAUGAUGAGUCAAGACAACAGGAUGCAGAAAGGAGACAUAUAGAUUCUUCUUCUGGGAGUAUUUCUGCCACAGCUCCACUUUUGAGUACUUCAACCCAACGAGAGCUUAAAACACCGCCCUUUUAAACUGAGGGCUAAGCUUCGAUGAACAUUUGUUUUUUCUUUCCCGAGUGAAUUAUCAUGUGGCUCGUGCCUCACCACUAUUUCUGUAUAUUUUGAUUGUUUUCACCUGGCAGGAACAAUAGUGUCGCAGUUGUUGUAAGUUUUGCUAUACCUUAGUAUGUAGGAUAUCCAAGCAUCAAAACUACAAUUACUUAAGUGUUUUUGUCAUCAAGCAUAAUAUUGUGGCAGGUGUAUCACAAUUCGUCCUUCCUUAAACUCGUUGACAUGGUGCUCGGAAAUUACAACUUCGAAACGUAGGGAACAUUUUGCUGCACACACAACAGACAUUUCUAUGAUCUAUUAGGAAGGCAUACAUAUUUGCAAAGGUUUUCAGGCGCACCUUCCACAUAAAGAUUCGUUGUGCUUUGACGACUUGAUUUCACUAUGUGGUAAAAUGAAGGUGUGUGUAUUUCAUAUCACAUGGAAUAUUGCACAUAAUUGAAUAGAAACAUAAAAAUACCAGCUUCUUCUUUUAAGUCCAAUAAAUCACAAAAAUGGUAACUGAAAAAGGGACAAACUAAAGGUACAUUCGCUGUUGCACACGUAAACCACAUAGGUAGAUCGACAAAAUUAUUUUCAAGGCAUCAGAAAGAUCUACCAUACUGAUAGAUACAUUGGAAACGUCCAUGUGUGUGUUAUAAGAUUUCAUGAGGUUUUAAUAGAAGAACUGUUAGAAGUUUCUAUUUAUGGCUGUGUCAUAUUGAAUUGCAUAAUACAAGCAACUUCGAAUUGC